AUGUCUUCUGACUCUGACACUCCCAUCCACCUGCACGCGGAGCUUCUGCCCAAUAUUCGACAGCUCACCUUCUACGUUUCUCUUCCUGCAGGUAGCUAUAUAAGUCAGGAUGGUGGCACGCUCAAGCCAGAGAUCUCGCUGUCCGAGUCGCGGCGCGCAGUCACAGUGUCCGUCGGGGGAGAAAUGGAGACAAUGAAGCUUCCCGCGAGGGUCAGCGAGAGUUCUCGAUCAGGCCUGCGGUUUCCGGCACAUGCUUUCUCGGGAAAACCCGCGGCUAUUGAUGGCACGAACAGGAUGGAAUUCUCAUUCCGUAUGCAGGUGGAUAAGGACGAAGUUCCUGGUUUGACAAAGGAUGAAUUCGUGGAUGACUUUAUCCCCUGGACGGCAGCGGACAUGUCUACAUCUGCCCUUGUGCGGUGUCGCGAGUGCAGUGCAGUGAUCUUGGACCCCGGAGAACAUACUGAAGGAUGGACAUGGAAAGAUCUUCCUAGUGGGAACUGGGCUGAAAUGAUGGACUUUUGGCACUGUCACAAGCCAGAUCCACAUGAAGGUCAUGACCACAAGUCAAUAGAGGAUUCUAAUGCAGUCCUGAAAGGCUAUGGAGCCGCGAACCAGAUCUCAGCGAGCCCUGGGACGGUUCUCGUUGAUGUUGCUUCAUUCCUAGUUGCUGAAGUGGAUUGUAAUGGUCUGAGAAAGUCACAAAAUGAGCGUCUUCCGCACACUGGAAACGCUAGGACCCGAGUCUACGUAGAAUGUGAAGCCUGUGGUGCAACAAUAGGCACGGAAGACGUCACUGCUAAUGGCUGGAGACUUUUCAAAACAUGUAUAGCCGUGCAGCAAGAACCAACCUCGAUCGCCCAGGAGGCGGGGUCUGAACCCUCAAAUCUCGAAACAUACCCGAAGGAGACGAUAGUCGGCGCGCAGCUCCUAGAAAUGAUCGAAAGAGAAGGCGUAAGACGCUUCGUUAUUCAUUGCGGAGGAAAUAACGGACACCUACUCUGGAUCUUCAACCCAGACAUUCGCUACUCCAGCAUCAGUCCAAACCACAGCGUGACCUCACAGCGAGCAAUGAAAGCAUUCUUUCAACAUAUCUCGGACGUUGAAAAAAUCCUCGAACCCGAACAAGGGAAGCCGGCAUCAAUGUCUUUGGAGGAGCUGUAUCUUCCUCGGGAUACUUAUCAGGAUAUAGCUUCUACGCUAAAUCGGAGUAAUGAGAUGUUACCGGCUUCUGCUAGGAGUUUUCGUGAGUGGAAGGUCGGGUUCUUGAGUAGGUUGGAUGGGAAGCACGCGUGA